UCACGCUUCUUCACUGGUCACGCUUUUCCUUCUCAUGAAAGCUCUGGCAGGCAGCAGUCGUUUCACUCUCUUCCAGAAAACCCCCCAUCGCGACACACUCUCUCCUUCACGAGACGCAUCACUCCCAUGUCGUUUCUUUCUUUCCCCGUCCCGCCCCAUACAGGACUCGAUUACAUCUGCCUUGACACCAUCAGCAGAGCGUGGAUCGCCCGCCGCCUCACUUCUAGCGCUCGUCACUGCAGGCUGACACGCAGAAUGCUGACCGUGCACGAAUGGCGGUCUCGGGGCGAGGGAGAUUGAGAAAGGCACACGGUUUGAGUGGCGGUAUGGGGGGAAAGAGGAAGGACCCGCAGAUGGAGCAUGGAAUGGACAGACAGAUGGUGGACAAUUCGCGAACGUGUCCUCAUCGGGGAUGCUGCUGUCCGAUCUCCGUGACGGAAGGGAAGCCACAGCCGCAGACUCGGCGUCUCUCCCGCUGCUGCGGUUUUUUCCUCUCUCCACCACUCUCUCCGGAGCGCGCCGUGCUGGGAGAAAAGUGCUGUCCAGACCUCCAGCCUUCAUAUACUCUUCGAUCGCCCCGUCGACACACGAUCUGUUGCCUUCGCUGGAUGUAGGCAUUGGCGACAGCAGGAGGGCAGGUUGUCGCAUCAGAGUGCGCAGGCGGGAUGGUGAGUGGUCGAUAACUGGGUGGUCUGGUGGGAGUGGGUGCGGCAAGUGGUCGGUAUGUCCGAGGAAUCCCAAGACUUCGAUCAUGACCCGCCCCGCCUGCUCGAGAGCCAUACAGUGGCCACCAUUUGGGAUAACGCGAAGGCUGGAGCACAGAGACAGACAGACAGACGGACAGACAGGCAUUUGUAUCGUAGAUGCCUAUUUGCGUGGAUGAGCACUCACGUGGCAUUGGGCAGGCACUCGCUAGCAAUGAAGCAGCAGGGGUCAAAUGGGCACGUCUGAUCUUCUUCACCUGCACACAGAGGGGGCAGGUAUGCACGUCUGUCUGGACGACGAGAGACAUGCCUUCCUCCGCUUACCCCAGAGCAGCAGCACCGGUCUGGGAUACUGCCCCACCUCCCUGAAGACUUCCUCCAUCGACGCCAGAGGAAAGUGACGCAACGUGGACAGCAAGCCCUGUGAGCAAACAUGUAAAAACAAUCGCGGGUGUGUACGUCUAGUACGUCCCCCGUCUCUUCCUACAUUGAUGUAUCCCGGCGUGUUGUCGGCCUGCCAUGCCGUGACACUCCUCAUCAGCAGGCACCCCGGAUGCUCAGUGUCAUCAAAGUCUCCGACCACAGCACUUAGCAAAAGACGACCCUACAAGGGCAAGACAGCCGCACGUAUUGUCGAUUCAGAACACGUAUCUGAACCUGGAAUGCUUACCAGUGUGUUGAUGAUCGCCUCGCCCAGCCAUGGCACUUUCAGCACACUCAGAAGGGGUGAGGUGACCCCCGGCAGCCCUGCCGGCGCCACUAGCAGCAAUCGCCGGACAAGCUUCGGAUACCUGCCAUGAUCACACCAAAAUGAAGGUAAGCCUGAGACAAAAACCAUGUGAGAGUUGCCCGCUCAUACCUUUGAGCAAGCGUCAAUGCAAUGGCGCCCCCAAGCGACAAGCCCAGCAGAGUAAUCCCCCCACUGACGUCAGCAAGACCCAGCUUGUCCAGCAAAUGGUACAGCUGAUCAGCAAACAACACCUGAGACAGACACACGCGGGCAACAAAUUUCUCUUGUGUGUCUGCUGCACAAGUGAAGUUUAUCUCUUGUGUGGGGUCACGUGUGAGCAAGGGGGCUGCGACGGCGGAUAUGGGCUGCGCCCGCGGCCGAAAAGGUCGAAAAGCAGCACUCUGAAGGGAUACCAAAUUGAAUGAUCACCGUCUCAAUGUGAUAUGUGUUCUGCUGCACGGAUGUUUUCGCACCUGUGGUUGCGUUGUAUGAGACACUCGGCGAGUGGAGCCACUGAUGCGGCGAAAGAAGUGAUACCAGGCAUAAUCACAACCAACUUGCCGGUGGCCGGGCCCUGCCGGAAACAGACGACCACACAACACAUAGCGCACUUGUGUCACAGUCCAUCCGUCUGAGCAGACCUUGAGAUGGUAAUACGUUGCUCCCUCCACCGCCCAUGUCUUGCCCCCGUGAUCAACACCGUAUUUCAUCCGCACGUAGCCCUCUGAGUCGUCGCCAUCUCCUCCUCUGGGCCAUGGUAUGCCAUCGACGAGGCCCCACGGCCCUGGGCCAUAGAAAUCCACCACCCCGGGUGGCGGCACGAACGGCACAACAGAUAGAUGCUCGUCGUCAUGCCCAUCAUUGCUGCCGGAUGCUCCUCCACCGUCCUCAUGCAGAGCAGCAUCGUUGCUAUUUGUUCUUCCGCGUUCGGUCCCGACGCGUCUGCAUGCUGGGGGAAGUGACGGUCCUGGCGUGGCAUGCUCCUCCUCUUCGAUGGAUGGCUCUCGACGCGUGAUGACCAGCGGACUCAUUCGGGA